ACCUCUGAAUACCUUUUCUGAGUGUUACUCACAAUCAGCCCAUGACCCGGAUGACUGAUAUAACUGUUCAUGAUAUUAGAGUAUCGUGCUUCCACCAUUUUCCACCUUCCGAUUGAAUUACGUAACGGAUUAGUGUAACCGAUGCAAUACAACAAUGACCAUAAUCGUGACAUCAAUCUCCUCAACAACCAUUGCGGCCUUGAAACCAACGCAUUGGCUCGAAUGAAAUGAGACGAGAGCUGAAGAAAGCGACAGAGCGUAGAAAUUAUAUAGGAUAGGAAAACAACCGGCUCGUGUAAAAGAUACUCCACGCUAGAAUUGGACCAAAAAAUCGACCUGUACAGUCAACAGAAACAUUCAUUUGAGUUUUUGCAGAUUGACCUCGUGCAGAGUAAAACUAUACAGAAAAGUAAGAGUCUGGUCUGGUCCGGUAGUCUUGUGUGAAUUGGGCAUGUGAAUUGAGCUACAGAAUACAACAUCAAAAUGGCUCAAAGUGCUCCGCUUCUAUUGCGCGUCGUUGCCUCUUCGGUAAAUGCUUCGGCACGUGCUGGUAAAAUAAUAAGAGACAUUAUGAGCCAAGGCGAUUUAAGCAUCGUGGAAAAGGGUAAAAAUGAUCUACAAACUGAAGCCGAUCGUUCAGCGCAAAGAUGUAUACUAGCCUCUCUCAGUAGACAAUUUCCAAAUGUCACCAUAAUCGGGGAGGAGGAUUCUUCAAAUUGCGAAGUACCGUCUGAUUGGGUGGUAGCCGAAUCGGAUCCGGAUGUCCUAGGGAUCAAACUGCCACCUCAUUUGGAGAAUUUGGAAGACAAGGAUUUGUGCAUCUGGGUCGAUCCCCUGGACGGGACUUCCGAGUACACUCAAGGCCUCGUCGAGCAUGUGACCGUUUUGAUAGGGGUUGCAGUUCGGGAGAAAGCUAUCGGCGGAGUAAUUCAUCAGCCGUAUUAUAAAAAUCCCGAUAACGGUGAACUAGGUCGUACAAUGUGGGGCAUCGAUGGUGUCGGAACGGGUGGUCUCAAGUUGAUCGCACCCCCCGAAGGAAAAAGGGUCAUCACAACGACACGUUCCCAUUUCGACAGUACGGUAAAAUCCGCAAUGGACGCAAUGGGAGCCGAUGAAGUCUUGAGAGUCGGAGGUGCGGGGCACAAGGUUUUGCUUCUUCUUGAGGGGAAAGCGCAUGCUUACGUCUUCGCUAGUGCGGGUUGUAAACGUUGGGACACUUGUGGUCCCGAGGCGAUUCUUCACGCGUUCGGAGGAACACUUACCGAUGUUCACGGUGAACGUUAUUCUUACAACGCUGAAACUGGUCAUCCAAAUAAAGGCGGUGUUUUAGCUACUGCGCCUGGCCAACCACAUUCUUGGUAUUUGGCACGCAUUCCAGAUGAGAUUAAACAAAAAUUGGUAUAAUCAAGUGACGGUAUUCCAAGUAUUCAUGUGUACGAGAAUCAAUUAAGUUUAAAAAGUUACAUCGCAUUUAUUGUAUCCAAAACUUCAAAUGAUUUCUUUUUACUGUAAAUACAAAAUAAAUAGCAACACACUCU